AUGGAAAAAUGGCUGACCGACUGGGCUACGAGCGAGCUUGCUGAUAACCCUAUCGACGGAGUACAGAACUUUGCUAGUUCUGUUGGGGCCCCAAAUUUCUUCUGUGGGCUUAACAGUUUCUGCAAUGCUGGCCAGGCUUGCUUUCCCAUUGACCUGCCCGCUUGGUAUGCCUUGCUAUCGGUGCAGAAUUGGAACACCUAUAUGAAUACGCUCUAUAAUGCUGUCUCUUUGGCGGGCAAUAUCAUCACCUUGACCCUUCCAGGAAUCGUGACUGGUGUCUACCCCGAUUCGAAAGAUGAUGUUACGGUUUUGAAGCUCUUUACACGAGUCUUUGGUGGCACUCUCGGCACCAUUCCGUUCACGGAAGCCCUUGGUGGCGCUGCAACAGUGGCUUCGGGGACUACUAUGCUCGUAUCCGGCAGUCUGAUUCCUCCCGAGCCCGAGGACAGAUUUCUUGCUUGGACCAACGGCACCAGUUCCAUGGGAAUCUUGGUUCAGUCUUUGCAAAGCAGCAUCUCAUCCUCAUUCCAGGAUAUCAUCGAGGCUCAGGCAAGCGCUGCAAACGGAAUCGUGCCUCUUGUUAGUGAUGGUAAAUUCCUGGGCACAAGCCAGAACGUCACGCAGGCAGAAAUGCAAGAACAAGCGGUCAAGUCUCUGGAGCUCUACGCCAUGGGACUUGCGCUUCAAGCCCAACGGGCCUUUGUCUUUCGAAACCAGCUUUAG